AUGAAUAACAAUUUCAACAUAAAUGUUCAGGUGGACAAUGCGUUCCUCAGUGAACAUGAGGUUGAGGUGAAUGGGUAUUUCGCGAAACUGUACACGGGGGAAAUUACAGUGGACACGAUGAUAGAUAUCAUGAAGAGCUUGUCAUGUUCUCCCAAAGGGUCCAAAAAUAAUGAUGUGUAUAAAUCAAUGUUAUUAAUUCUCUUUAAUGAGUGUAGGUUCUUCCCAAAAUAUCCCUCAGAAGAGCUGAACACCACUGCACAGCUAUUUGGAAAAUUAGUAAAGCACAACUUAUUAUUAUCCUAUGGCAAUACCCUGGCCGUUGCAUUGAAGUGCAUUCUGGAAGCUCUUAAAAAAGGAAAUGAUACUAAAAUGUUCAACUUUGGAAUUACGGCUUUGGAACAGUUUGAAGAUUCUCUAAUAUGUUACCCUAGUUUUUUGUCUUCCUUAAUAGCCGUUACUACCUUAAGGCAGUACAACCCGCAAUACAUUAUUCAUUGCAGCAAUUUAUUGAACACCCUUCCAGAGCACUUCAGAAGUUUACCUUACAUAGAUGCGUCUACAAUAUUAAAAAUAAAACACCUCGCAGAAAUUGGUGCAAACAGUAGUACAACUGAAACGAAUAUAUCUCAGGCGUCUACUGAUGAGGUCAACAAAAUUUCAACUCAUAAUGUCAAUAAUUUCAAGAAUAUAAAUAAUUUAAUUUCCUCCAUGGGCACAACCAUGCCUACGGGCCUUGUCAACAAUACAACUCUAAGUAACAUCCUCAGCGGUUCGAGCAACAGCACCGGUAAUAACAAUAACAGCGUUAUCGCCAACGCCCUGAACAAUAUGCUUAAGGGAAGCAGCGGCAAUGGCGCCAAUGUAGCUAAUGAAAACGUGCUAUCCUACAUCAGUGACAUUUUACCAAAUAACUCAAGCCCUGUGCAACACCACCCACAUUUGCAGUCCAACCUGCAAAGCAAUCAGCCAAUCAGCCAGCAAGGCAAUCAUCACACCCUAAUUAGAACUGAUAAUGUUCUUAAGAAUAAAAACAUAAACGAUAACAUGAACGAUAACAUAAAAGGUAACAUGAACGAUAACAUAAAAGGUAACAUGAACGAUAACAUAAAAGGUAACAUAAACGAUAACAUAAACGUUAACGUAAAUAGUAACUUCAACGUAACCAUAAACACCUCGUCCUCGCCGGUUAAGAACCAAAACAUCACUACCAAUGUGAACCUACUAAACGGCGAUAAGCCAAGCACCCCGUUUGGUGCCAUGAGUCAGCUUUAUUCCAAUCGGUCCUACAUAUCUCCAAAUGGAAGCAACCCAAUUAACCGAAUUUUAACCACCCAGGAAAACCCGUUCAACCUUGGGGGUAGGGAAAUUGUAUCCCUCAGUAACGCUUCCAUACUCAACGAGCAUGCAGGAGAAAUCGGAAUGAGCACAUUGAUCGAUGGUUCCAAAUAUGCCAGUACGCCAGAAGGAAUCAAACUCCCGAAUGUUAAUCUGAAUGACGAUAAGGGUGAAGGCAUCGGCAUGACCAUUGGCAACAACGUAGUAAGUGACAAUCCAACCAGCAGGGACAAAGAGGAGCAAUUGUGCCAAAUAAUGGAAUCGUUCUAUGAUCGAGUGCAGGUUAAGCUUCCACCAAAUUUAAGCCUAAACAACAUCGGGGGGUUCGGAUUAGGCCAAAUAGAAUGCCUAAUGGACAAUACAGAUUUAACCAAAAAUAUUACUGUACCGUCACCUCUAAUAAUAGGCGAAGUUUUUAGCAUUUUUAACACACUCUGCUCAUUCAAUAUUGAUGAAAAAAUUAAAAUAUUAAAAGAAGUUAUGCAGCCAGAGCACUACAACUGGCUAGCCUUUUACAUUGUUAAAUCCAGGGCCUCCAAGGAAGUAAACCUUCACGAAGUUUUCCUGGAAUUUAUUGAUAAACUAAGCUAUCCUAUGCUUAUGGAUACCAUCAUCAAUAUGACAUACGACUGCAUACUCAUCCUGUUCAAAUACAUAAACGAAUUGAAAGAAGUUAGUGCAUUUAAAACAGUUCUGAAAAAUUUAGGCUCCUGGUUAGGGUUCAUAACUUUAGGGAGAAAUAGACCCCUAAAAUCGAAAAUCUUAGAUCUAAAGUUAGUUCUAUUUGAAGCCUACGAAAAAGGCUGCCUAGUUUGCAUACUACCAAUGGUAUGCAGAAUUUUAGAAUCUAUAAAAUUAUCGAAAAAUUUUAAGCCCCCCAAUCCUUGGACCACAACUAUGCUAUGCUUACUGACAGAAAUACAUGAACUCCCAAAUGUCAAGACGUACACAAUAUUUGAGGUAGAAAUUCUGUUUAAAAAUCUGGCCUUAGAUAUUCAUGCUUUUCAGAAUAAAACCACCCUACUGAGUAAGCGAAGUGCCGCACAAAAUAGAAAAAGUGAGUUGCGCAUACCAAAAGGUGAUAGCAACAACCAGGAGAAUAGUACCGCUUUACCUGUAAGUGAGGAUCUGAAAAAUCUCACCCAUAGGGAAGGCCGAACAAAUUUUAUUAAUAGUCAUAUAGGUAGAGUAGAAGGUGAAUUGACUCUACACCCGAGAAUGGACGAGCGAGAAAAUGCAGCAAAUGUUAGCGUCAGGGAUAUGCCAAGUAGUGCGCGAAGUAGUGUGCCAAAUAAUGUGCUACCGAGGCCCAAGUUCAUCCCGGAAAAAGUGGAGUACACUAGAAGAAACAAUAACCUUCCAAAUUAUAACGUUGAUUAUGUCGAUUCCGAAUGGAGCAAAGAUGAUGCCGACAGAGUUAAUGCCUUGACAAAUGACAUGACCUUAGUUUCCACUUUUCCACCCCCAGAUAUAAAUCUAAUAAAUUCUAGCUACCACAAGAAGGUGCCUGGUAUCGGAGGUAAAAAUCUAAAUACGAUGGAUGAGCAACAUCCAUCCAAUGUGAGCUAUGCCACUGGUGCUAGCUAUAUCCGCAAUAUCAAUUCUUAUAACAACGCCGAUUAUUAUGACAACGGUAACGACUACUACGACGGUACUGCCAACUACUACAACAGUAACGACAAUAUGGAUACCCCUGAAAUUUCCAUUGACAGCAAUUUAAUUAAUAACAAAAUUAACAGUAGUAAGUUUUUGCAGAGCCUGAACAGUGCAGUGGUUAUAUCUCCAUCCAUAGCCCUUUUUCAAAUCCAGCCAGGUUUAAAAAGCCUUGUUACUAUAGCGUUCUAUCAAGCCAUUAGGGAAAUCAUCUCGGCUAUAUUAGACCGAUCUGUAGCUAUAUCUUGUGUUACAACGAGAGAAGUUGUAUGUAAGGAUUUCUGCCUAGAAAAAGAUGAAUCUCUAAUUCGGAAAGCGGCCCAUAUUAUGAUUUCAUCGCUAGCUGGUUCGUUAGCCUUAGUUACUUGUAAAGAACCUCUGCGUAUUUCGCUAACGCAUCAUUUGAGACAUUGGUUAGAAAAAACAAGCACGAAGGAUUGCAACGACCAGGUUUUAAUCGAACAAGUGGUUCAAAUUCUAAGUGCAGAUAACCUAGAAUUAGGUUGCAGUCUAGUCGAACAAGCAGUCAUUGAAAAGGCUAUCAAAGACAUUAAUGAAGCCUUGGAACCUACACUUUUAUCCAGACAAGUAGCAAAAGAGAAUAGAAUCACUCUUAAUGAUCCCAUUCAUCUUAUGAACACGAAAAAAGUGCAACUAGAAAUGGCCCACCAUCUAAAGUUAGUAUCGCCUGUGACGAAUAAUCAGCUCCAAAUAUAUAAAGAUUUCCUAAACAUAGCCCCGCUGAAAAAAUUACAUGCCGCUGCGAAGGCGCUAGCCAAACUGUACACAAAAGUAAACGAUGUGAAUGUAGGCAAUAAUCAACAGGGAGGUGGUACCCUCAUGCAUGCCUUGUUCUCAAAUUCGAACUUACAGAAGAAGGAAGAAAAAAUAGAAUAUCCUAAUAAUAUGAACGAGGAGAAGCGGACAGUUAAUGAACCCUCAAUUGGAAUGCCAAAAGGUGAUCCCACGGUAGCCAGAAAGACCAACACAGAUUACAAUAUAAAUGGUGCUAUAAAGACGGAACAAAGUGCGAACAACGCGAAACGGAAUGUAGAUGAAAAUACACCCCUUCAGUCCAAUUCCCCAUCAGCAAUCCCAUCAGCAAUCCCAUCAGCAAUCCCAUCAGCAACCCCAUCGGCAACCCCAUCAGCAACCCCAUCAGCAACCCCAUCGGCAACCUCAUCAGCAACCCCAUCAGCAACCCCAUCAGCAACCCCAUCAGCCACAAAUUCAGCGCUGAAUAAAAUUCUGAACAAAUUAGAACUUGCGACUAACCAACUUAAAGACGCCGUUAAGGACAUCCUCAUUUUACCCCCCAUAUUGUUUAACAUAAAUAACGAAAAGGCAUGCGACAAUAUUAACAAAAUCAGUCUUCACAUUUUGUAUAGCCUGUCUGUGGAUGGAAGCAUAUUUAACCUAAUUAAAUCCAUCCCAGAAAUAGCAGCGCUAACACAACAUAAAAACGAGACAAUCAUUUCAUAUUCAAACAGAAUUUAUAAGUUUCUUUUUGAGGUUAUCCCCGCUAACAAUAAUAAAACACCUUGGGUUUAUCGAUCUAAUGACCCGUCUGGCAUAUACUUGGAAGUAUUUUUGUGCAUCCUGGAGAAGCUGAAAAAGAAAUGUCCCUCCUUAAAAGAACACAUAACGAAUUUUAUAAUGUCGGAUUAUUCUUCAUCACCUUCGAAUGACAACUCACCAACUUGUAGUAACUCCCUUUUUUCCGCAUCGAAUUUGGUGAAGGAGAAAGAACCAGACAAUGUAUCCAAAGUGAGAAGCGAAUUAUCCUCCCCAACGAAUAGCAACUCAAAUCAGGGGGGCCACCAAAACAAGGACCAUUCAGAAGCAAAGUUUCACAAUAAAGGUAUGUACAAACUCAAUGCAAAUGUGAUAAGUGGAUUCAUAAGGUACAACUUGAUUGACAUGCAGAAAUAUAAAAAUUAUCUUGUGAGGCAACUCAGCACAGAUAUAGAUAACAUCCAUUCCAAUACAGAAUUUGUCAUUGUACUGUUGAGAAAUAUAUUAAUCGAUUUCAAAAUUUUCAGAUACAGGGAUUUUGAAAAUAUAUUCAUCAUUUUAAAUAAUCUAAAGGAUCAGAACAUUCUGACCAACAAAAUUUGUUUUUUCAACGACACCCCCCCAAUUGAUACCAACGUCGCCAUCGAAAUGUUAACUCAGGAAGCCAAAAAGAUUGAGGGAAAAAAAGAUGUCGUCAUUUUUUCAGACCUGCUACAAGUUUAUGAGGAAUAUUUAAAAAGCGAUGAUGAACAUGAUGAUGAGCAUGACGAUGAACAUGACGAUGAGCGUGACGAUGAGCGUGACAAUAAGCAUGACAAUAAGCAUGACAAUAAGCAUGACCAGGAGAAGGAUCAAAUGAUGCUCCCAGUGGGGAUGGACAGGAAUGUCACCGAUGAGGAGAGUAAAAAGGGACAAGUACAAAAUGGUAGAAAUUCACAACACGCCCAGGGCGAAAGUGGAACAAAGCGGGAGGAUGGCUUGAAUUACUCAAAUGACACACCAAAUGUAAGAGAAGAAGAAAAAAAAACAUUCGAAUUGAAAUGUACAAAGACAAAUAAGAACUUUCAUCUGAACGAAAUAAAAAAAAGCGAGUUGUUGAAAAACCCACUGGAAUAUUUUAAAGGGGACUAUAACCAGUUAAGUGCAGAUCUUUUAAGCGCCCUAACUGAGGAGCAGGAUUUCGACAAAAUUCAAAAUGAACUAAAAAGCGUCGACAAUUUUGGUCUAUUAGACGUGGAAGGCAUCAAGGUACCCACGGGUGAAGAUGUGAACCUGCUCAAGAAAGACGGAAAGGCCAAGUCCACCCUCAGUACGAGCACUAGCACCAACAAUAAGAGCAAUGUGGACGAUAUCACCAUAUGUAAGAAGAACAAGAGAAACGGAGCAAAUGCACUUCUUUGCCAGUCAAGGCCACAAGCGAAGAGGGAAUACAGGAAAAAUCUAAGAAUUUUAAUGAACCCAAAAUAUAUAACCACCCUGACCCAGAUAAUCGAUUUCUGCCUGAACACGGACUGGAAUAUACUGCAAAAGAAAAAAAAUAAUACAUAUUUCAAGGACAAAGGGGUGGGAGGUAUCAGAGUAGUUCCCAAACCGAAGAAAAUUCCAAAACAACAUGAACAGAUCAUUAGUAUAUUUUUCUUUCAGUGGAUAAAAUUAAUCAACCUUAAGAAUGUGGAUAAUCCAAACCAGAGCUAUGUUAAAUUUUUUCAAAACAUAUCCAACCAAGGAUUGCUACGAAUUGAUAACAACACGGAUAAUUUCUUUGCUGUGUGCAUUUAUAAAGCUGUGGAAGGAGGGACCUGUAUUAGCACCGUCAAUACCAAUGGACCCAUAAUCGAAAGGGGGAAAACCACCAACGCGUUAGAUAGUGCUAACAGAUCAAAUGGAAACAAGGAGUCGGAUUUUCUAGGCGCUACAAAUUGUGAACACCAAAACAAUAACACUUCGCUAACAUCAGAGAAAAGAGAAUUCCCAAAGGAAGGAAAUGAUCACACCCAAGGGGGGUACGUAAAAGGGGACAAUAAUAUAUCGAACGAUGUAGGCCUUCCCACUGAUGAAACUAAAACCUGUGGAGGAAACGAUGAAUCCUCCCACUUGUACAAAAACAAUGUGAUAAACAAAAAUGCAGAAGAGGGCCCACAAUGUUUUGAUAAAAAUGAAAGACAAGCAGAAAAGACAAAUAGCAACGAAACAAAAGAACCAAGAGAAAAAAAUAACAGCAGCAGCAAAUGCUCCCAAGUUUCGGAUGAAAAUUAUUCCUACAUAGAAUCAACAAAUUUAACUUUUUAUUCAAAUAUUUCCGAUUAUGAGCAGUCUCUUUCGGAUGACGAAGAAGAAUUCGACCUUGACCCCUUAUCAAGAAAACAGAGGAUGAUAAAAAAAAUGCAGUUAAAAAAGAACCAAAUGUUGAGGAAUUUAUCUUCUGCCAUCAAUGGAUCCGCAGACAUCGAUUUUGUGUCAAACUCUGAAAAAGAAUUUAACAAAUCGGAUGCCCAUUUCAAGAUGAGGAGGAGGAACAAUGAUGGUUGUCAGAAUGAAAUGGAUUACCAUUUGGAAGGCAGUUAUAAGGCGGUAAGUCAGGACGGAAGUGCAGAUGAGGGGGAAGACGAAGCGGAAGAAGCGGAUGAAACGGAGGAUCAACUGGAUGAGGUGAUAGAUGAGGUGCUAGAUGAGGCAGAUUUGGAUGAUGAGGUGGAAGAGGAGGAAGCACCAGUGGAUGAGCUAGUAGCAGACCAUGUGGAAGUGAAUGAAACGGAGGAUGAGGAAGAAGAUGACAACGAUGAUGAGGUUGGUGAUGGUAAUGACGAAGUGGAUGAAGACAUGGAAGAAGAUGAUGUGGUGGUGCAGGAUGACGAGGAAGGAGAAACUCAAAUUGAGAGCGACGAAGAAGACGAAACGGAUGCUGAGGAGGACGACGCCAACGGAACGGACGAGGAGGAAGAAACGCAGGUACAGGAUGGCGAUCACGGCAGUGAGAGUUACGAGAUGGAGGAGGAAGAAGAAGAAGAGCAGCAACCAUGGAAACAGUUGGAAGAGGGAAAAGAAGAAAUUGAUGAGAUAGAAUCCAGUGAAGAAGAGACCUGCGAGGAUGAGGUCGAUGUGGAAGAUACCCACAACAAUGACGACAGUGAAGACGAGGACAUAUACCACUACCAUCUCGACCUGCGCGAUAGCUAUGCCUGUGGACAUGCGGAGGAAGGCACUUCUAGUGUAGAGAAGCCUACGAAACUGGAAGGAAAUUCCCAGUUAGAUGACACUAUUGACACUCUGUCGCUUGAUGGCCUGGCGAAAAUGAUAAUUUGUAUGAUGAAACUAGUUGACACGCAACAAAUUUCGCCAUUUAUUCUGUUCCAAAAAGUGAUGAACGUAUUUUGUAGAAUCGUAGUGAAGGAAUCUAGAAGGAAUAAAAGGAACUUUAACCAAAGACCAUACUUUCGCCUCUUCCUAUCUAUCCUUGUCGAAAUAAAUAAAAACGAGAAAUAUUUUGAACAAUCGUACAAUAAGUUAAUCCUAGCCCUGGGAUAUUAUCUGUGUAUUCUGAACCCAUUACGUGUACCCACAUUUGUCUUCGCCUGGCUAGAAUUGAUUAGCCACAAAUUAUUUCUACCAAAAAUAUUGAAAACGUCCAAAGGGUGGUGUAUAUACAACAAGUUACUAAUUUACUUGUUAGAAUUCCUCUAUGUGUUUCUAAAAAAUGCGUAUCUAACCCCACCCAUAAAAAUACUCUACAGAGGGACACUUAGAAUGCUCCUAAUCUUGCUGCACGAUUUUCCAGAAUUCCUUUGUGUAUACAAUUUCUCAUUUUGUAACUCCAUCCCCUUAAAUUGUGUCCAGUUGAGGAAUCUAAUCCUGUCCGCCUUCCCAAGGAAUCUUAAGCUUCCCCAUCCAUUUUAUCCGAAUUUGAAAGUAGACCUCCUACCAGAAAUGAAGAUAGUACCAGUUAUCCUAAACAACUUCACGUUUAUUCUAAUUGACUAUAAUAUAAAGAAGUACAUCGAUGAUUAUUUCAUCACCAGAAAUACUAUCUCCUUAAAAAAAAUUCAAAAAAAAUUACUUGUCAAAAAUAAAAUGAAAGCUUUAUAUUUGAAAACCAAGUACAACAUAGCAUUGAUAAAUGCCCUAGUGUUAUAUAUUGGCAUGUCACUUCCUCCACAUAUUUUAAUGAUUGAUAAAGUUUCAGAAUCUCAUCCUGCACUGGAAAUAAUCCUACACCUGACAUAUACGUUAGACAUGGAAGGAAGAUAUUAUUUACUCUCCUCCAUCGCCAACCAUUUGAGAUACCCAAAUGCUCACACUCACUACUUUUCUUGUCUCCUCCUCUGGAUUUUUAACAUUUCAAAAAUGGAAAUUGUAAAUGAACAAAUUACUGGAAUUUUGCUAGAGAGGCUAAUAGUUCAUAGACCGCACCCCUGGGGACUACUCAUUACCUUUAUUGAGCUUAUUAAAAAUCCCAUCUUUAAAUUUUGGCAGUGUUCCUUUGUACGUGCUAACCCCGAGAUAGAAAAAUUGUUUCAAUCCAUAGCGCACUCGUGUCUCGUCAAUCAGAUGGAACACUUCAGCGGGGUGAACGGUGCCAGCGGAGUCAACAGUGUCAACGGUGUCACCGCAUUUGCAGCAGAUAGCCCAAUUAACGGAAUCAAUCAGGGUACCACAAAUACACACACAAGGAGCGAUGCGAACCCCACCAAUGCGAGAAAUUUCCCCCCCUCUAACGACAGGAUCAACCCCAACUUGAAAAUGUUUACCCUACCAAAUGAGCCCCAUUCCAAUAAAAUCGUAUCCAAUUCUUAUCACAACAACCAAGGCAACAACACAAAUAGAUACACCCAAAGGAAUGAACACACUGUAAAUGGAAAUGUUGGCAUGAAUAACCACUUCGCCCAUAGCAGUAACGUUGAUCUUUUCAAAAAAGCAAUGAGUGGCGACCACCUAAACGGAUAUGCAGGAAAAGGCAACCUCCAUCCCAGUGCCUUUGAACAACCCCCCAGGGUUCAUCCCAAUAUGGUAAGAAGUUACAUGAAUUACAAUGAUAGUAGUUCAGUCGAUACAAAGAAUUGUAACCACCCCAAUAAUCGCGUUGUUCAGAGAAACAAUCAUUCCUUCAGUGGGUAUGCCAUCCCUCCACAUGUACUUGCAGAAGGUAACACCCGCAGUGAUUUUUACCACCCCACAAAUUUACAACACUUGCUUGGUAAAAAUAAUAAAAUUGUAGAUAUUGAUGGUCACAGCGAUUUCGCAGAAAUGCAAAGGGGAAUGCCGAAUGGUAGCAUUUCUACCAAUGAAAGUGCAAGGAAUGCACUCCCCGUUAGAGGUAUGCAUGCGGUCAUGGGAAGUGGUACAAAUAUUGCGCUUCAUGCCAACUACCACCCGAACCGAAACCUCAUCAACAGCAACAUGAAUCUUAAUUCGCGUAAACACAGCGUAGAGAGUUUGAUUAAUCUAGCCAACUAUUCAGACAUGAAAAACGUCAGCAGUAAUGCAAACCACGGAGGGCACUGA